GUGACGUCAACGCGCUGCAAUUCAAAUUUCAGGAAAUGAAAGUGUUGUUUGAGCAACGGUCUCGUCAGAGGCAGAGUGGAUUACAAACGCUCCUUCUGCUCCUUUUAUAAAAACACUCCAUCUUACACCUGUGCUAUCAACAAACGAAGCCAUGGCAUCUAAAGGUGCCAAAGAAACCCUCGUCUCCAAGUUGGGAUUCAGAUCCAACAAUUCUGGCUCAAAGGCAGAGGCAGAGCUGGAGAAGGUCCGGAAGGAGAACGCCCACUUGAGGAAAAAGAUUGACGAACAGGCCAAACGGCACAUCAAGGCCCCCGACUCGGACAAGGGCAAGCUGCUGGAGAGGAUUCUUUCCCUCGAGACGCUGCGUGAGAGGAACAAUCAGCAGCUGCUGGUCAAAGAGCAGGAACUGGAAAGUCUAAGACAACAGCUGUCAGCUAAAGGAGGAGAGGUAGUUGCGUCGCUGCAGGCCCAGCUGGAGCAGCGCAGGAGAGAGGCAGAGCAGAGAGAUGGGAUGUUCCAGAGCUUGUCACAGGAAACGGAGAAUCUGAAAAACAAGCUGGCCACAGUUUCCGCUCGUUGUCAGUCCCUGGAAGCGCAGGCCACGAAUGGCCAUGCUCCUGCUGCAGAACUGGUGCAGAUCCAAGAUCAGCUCAAAGAUGCUCUGGAAAAGAACCAGCAGUGGCUGGUCUAUGAUCAGCAGCGAGAGGUCUUUGUGCAGUCGGUCGUUGCCAGAACAAUGGAGUUGGAGCAGCAAGUGGCACAGGCCAAGCAGCAGCAGGAAAGCAAAGCAGAACCCGGCUCUGAGGCUUCAAACAACACUCAAGGUAAAGAGAAGGAGUCUGACCUGAAAAAGCACUACGAGACGAUGCUUUUAGGUGUGCAGAAAGACCUGGAGAGCCAGAAAGAUCAGACUGCCAGAGCUCUGCAGGAGUUAAGUGUUCAGAAGGAACAGACCUUGAAAGCUCAGGCCGAGCUGCAGCGGCAGGGGGAGCAGGUCAGCCGGGUGCAGGAGGAGCGCUGCGUGCUGCAGAGGAAGUACGAGGACAAGUGCAACGAGUUGUCGGCCUUUCUGAGGAAAUGCGAAGAGAGGGGCAAGGAGCUGGACGAAGCCAAGAUACAGCUGCAGGCGGAAUGCCUUGGCAACAGACAAGUGGCGCACGAGGAAAGAAAGGUGUCGUCCGAAAGGACAGACAGGGUGAGAGCUGACCUGGAGAAGGUGGAGAAACGACUGGAUGAGGAGAAGAAGAGAUCAGCUGAGCUCCUGCAGCAGGUAAAUAUGCUGCAGAAGUCUCUCAUCAACCAAAAUGAAGAACGAAGGAGAAUUGCUGCUCUGGAACAACAGAUCCAGCUCUCUGCCAAGGACUCCGAGAAUGAAAAACUUGAUCGUCAGAGCAUGCAGGAGCAAUUACAGAAAGUGCUGAAAGAGCUUCGCAAAGCUCGUGAUCAGAUUGCUAAGCUGGAGUCUGCUAAACAGCAGAGUGCCCGCUUUUCAGAGCCCAGCUCCUAUAAUAAUCUGGAGUUCGAGCGCCUUACUAUUAACUCUCAUGGCCCCACAUCCCCGUCUAAAGUCAUCAGCCUCCUGGAUGAGAGUUUCCUGGAGUGUCCAAAGUGUCAGGCUCCUUAUCCAACCAGUCGCCACAGAGAACUCCUGGCCCACAUUGACUACUGCUUUGCCUGAAUGAACAGACCAGAUGAGUGAUUCCCAACUCAGACAUUAACCGAAGGGGGUAGCUAGACAGUGAAAUUGGUUUUAGCCAGAAUUAAGAUUAAAUUCUGAACAAAAUAUAAGCUUAAAAAGGUUGGGAAUUACCAAAACACAGAUCUGUUCAGCUGUGCAGAAAAUGUGGCUUCAAACAUGUUUGUUUUUUUAAAUGUACUUUUUCCAAAAUCUUGUACAUUUUCUAUGCAAAAACUAUAGGAAUAUUAUUUUCACUCACCAAGAGGGUUUAAUGAUCAGCAGCUAUUUUUUGUUUUGUUUUACCGUCAUAAAUCCAUGUAAUAACUCCAGUCAUGCUAUACUGACUCGUCCAUUUUCCCUAAAAUAAUGGAGGGGGGAGAUUACGAGGCUUUUAAGUUUUAUAGUAUCAUAUUUCAGACAAAAUCAAGACAAGAUAAAAUAAUUCAUUCUCGGUUUCUUUUCUUUUUUUUAAGGGACUUUAAAGCAAACAAUCCUAACAUUGUUUGACACAUUUAGACUUGAUCACCUUUUAUGCAUUUAGUCUGAAAAAUCUUGCUCCAGUUCUUUUUUAAGUCCUAGCACUGAUCAUUGACAUAACGCUGGUGGAGGGCUUCUCUAUAUGUUUUAGCUGAUGUUUUCAUUUUUUGUUCAGAUUUUUAUUUUUGUGUUUUAUCUUGGUAUUUAUUCUUGGGUUUCCUAGGAAAUGUGGAAAGCUCCUAUAUAUUUUCCAGUGAAUUAUGUGUGUUUAAGAUUUUCUAAUCAUGCGGUUUCCUCCUCCUAUUUACACAUGACAGUUUAAGGAUCUCCGUUGUAUCAUAUGAAUCAAACCCCUAUAAAUGGGUCAUUUUCCACUCCCAGUUGUAAUACUUUUAUCUCUUGGUUGCAUUGUGUUGUUGAUGAUGGUAUAUCUUGUUAAGUAGGGACUGUGCAGCUGUGAUUGUUUACCAUUUUAUUGUAUUUAUGCGAAGGACAAAAUGUGUUAAAUUUCUACACUCCAGCUGUUGGCGAUUUUCAACUUCAUUAACUGGCAAUUACAAUUAUCAGCAAAUGUCCAUCUAAUUAACCAUAUGUCUCUUACAUUAGCACCGCCAAACCUGUCGAGCUCGUUUCACACACUUGGAUAAACAUUGCUGAACCGUGACGGAGAUUUUUCUGCCUCGCCUCCUGGUUUUUAGUUGCUUAAACUCAACCAGACCAGAUGCAUGUAGCCGCGCGGGGGUUAAAGGUCACGUUUGUCGGGUUGUCUGUGCAUUCCUCUCUACAAUCAUCACCUUGACUCUUCAAACCUGCAGCCCUGUCAGGCUGCAAAGAGAUUGCAUGACUUAAUUAUUUGUGCUAAACUAUUUACAACAGGGAUUACUAAGGUUUCCUUGUUGGGAGAAAGGUGUUUAUUCCUGCAGUCUUGGCGAUGUGGCCAUGUUGAUUUAAGGGAGACAGACGUUGCUGUGACUUUUGGGUAGCUUUGAUUUUACUUCCACCGUUUAUAUUUUAGUAGAGUGCCAUCUGGGAAUUUUUUAUUUUUAUUUUUUUUUACCAGGUUAUGUUUUUAAGUGUUCUUUAAUGUAUCCAGAUCAUGUGCUUCUGAAUUGUUUUGCUGUGCUCAGUACUGUCUACAAAUGUGCAAUAAAGACUUAAAACUCCAUCCAGAA